AACCCAUCCAACCCUUUCAACCUAUCCAACCCAUCCAACCCAUCCAACCCAUCCAACCUAUCUAACCCUUUCAAUCCAUCCAGCCCAUCUAACCCAUCCAACCAAACAAACGCUGCCAUAUCCAACCCAACAGGUACCCCCGUCCAAUCUCAGCUGGCUGAACAAACUAUUAGAUCAGAUUUGAAUGAGAAAAAUUCGAAUAUCUACGACUAUCUGAAUAAGACCCCUGAAGACCCUACCCGUAACCAUGGCGAAGCUGAGGUGGAAGGACGGAUUAAAGGUGUAGGGCAGGGGGAGGGGGAUCAAGAGGGAAGUGUUGAUCUUCAUCCAGGAGAAUCAUCGCAGGACAUGACCAUGAGCAAGGACGAACUUACUCCGAGUAAGACCCUAAACCUGGAUGAGCUAACUCCAAGCAGAGCCCGGAGUCAGGACGAAUUUCCUCCAGAUAAGACUCGAGAAACCCAGCUAAGAAGCUCGAGUAAUCAGUUUAGAUCAAGAUCAUCUCAGAUUCAAAAUAUUCUUGCAGACAGAAACAGUCAGACGUAUUCUCGUCGAAGCUCUGGAUCCCUUCCAUCUCUCUCCCAUAGCUACGAAACCCUGAGCGGAGGAGAAACUAUCCCGGAGCAAAACCUUAAAAUUCCGCUCCGUCCUGCGCCUCCAGUGCCGACACGAGUAGUUGUUCUCAACAGUUCAAUAGUUGGGUCGGAUCAAGCAUCAAGAGAGCGAAGAGUCCAGAGAAAAAGAAGAAUAAAUUCUUUAAAGAAAAGAAUUCUCUGGAAGGAAAAGUUGCUGGAGGAUGAAUCUCAGGAUCAGCUGAUUUUGGAGCUGGAUAUGUACCAGGAUAUUGCAGUAGCUCGUGGAACAACAUAUGAUACUUUAAACCAAAGAAUGGACAGAUGUCAGGCCAACAUUGAAAUCAUAUCUGGACAAAUUCAAGAACUGCAGGUUUGUUUGAACGAUGAGGAGGGAAAGCUUGAGGAUGAAAGGAUAGAUGAGAUUACACAAAAACAGGAAUUUGAUAAACUCCAGGAGAAGCUUGAAGCAAAGAGAAGGGAAGAAGAUAAAAAAAGAGAAGAAGAAAGAAGGAAAAAGAAUAGAACACACAGAGCACAUGUGAUCAGAGAACUAGUUUUAACUGAACGAGAUUACUGCAGAUAUCUUACUUUAACAUCUCAGGCUUUUGAACUUGACGUUCCUGCUAAACUUGAAUCUCAGGGAAUAGAUGUGAAAACGUUAUUUGGAAACUUGAACGCCGUUCUGGACACUUCACAACGGUUUCUCUCCAGACUAACCGAGGAACUGGAAAAAUGUGAAGUAAGAAAUAUACCUGGAGACGGGACGGAGUACAACCCUAGCUCCGGGCUUGGAGCCGGUACAGAGCAGGACGGGAACGACAAGUUUGUCUCUUGCCAGAUCGGAGUGUGCUUCUUGGAGAGCGCAGAAGAGAUGAAGAGUGCGUAUACUGAAUACUGUUUGCUCUUGGAGAGAGCAGAAAGCGCCCUUGAACAGUAUGAAGCAGAUCCAACUCUGCAGAAAGUUGUGGGAAGAGGCUUAGAAAUCCUUCGAAGCGAUGUUUCCUGCUUUAAUCUGAGUUCUGUUCUGAUCAAACCUGUUCAACGGAUCCUUAAGUAUCCUCUUCUUCUCAACCAGCUGAUCAAGGUAACUGAGGAAGAUAAUAAUGAUCGAGUAAAUUUGAAGCAAGCAUUAGAAAUAAUGGCCGAGAUCGCUUCAUUUAUAAACGAGACAAAAAGGAAGAAGGAUAUUGUGGAUAAAUACCGAAGUGAAGAUGAAUCUUCUAUAUCCAGGAAGAUUUCUAAAAUGAACAUGCAUUCCCUUGGCAAGAAAUCUGCCAGAAUUUCAUUAAAGUUUCUCAGUUCAAUCGGGAUAGACAGCUUGAGAACUGAUGAUGAGUAUGAUGAGCUGGAGAAGCUGUAUAUCCAGCUGACCAGCUCCGUGAACCUGUUCUUGCAGAACCUGAGCAAGGUGAAGGAACAACUUCAUCUCGCGACAAUCUCACAGUACAAUGUUUCACAGAAUAUUACAGACUUCUACAGUGAGGUGAAGAGCAAUGAGGUGGAAGCGUACCGUACUGCACACUCAUAUAUUCUUUCCUACGUUUGGAACCAGUUCAAUCAGUUGGUUGAGUGUCGAGUAGUUCGUCCUAUCACACAGCUCCUGGAUACCUUCUCCAGUCCAACUCGUCUUAUGAGUAAGAGAACGGAUAAACUCAUGGAUCUAGUAGCUGCCAGUCAACGGGCUAAUAGGAAUAAAGACCAGAAACUUAAUAAACAGAUUGAGAUUGAACUAGAAACUUCGAAGACGACCUAUAUUGCCUUAAAUAGUCAGCUGUUAUCAGAACUACCAACAUUGAUACAGCUUGGAACCGAUGUGUACAGAGAAUGUGUACAUCAGUACAUACUAUUAAGAAAACUGUUCGUGGGCCGCGCAACUAAUAAGCUUCUCAAUCUGAUGAAUUUGCCCUUGAUGCGAAGUAGUUCUGCAGAUAUACUUGAAGUAUUCCUCAUUAAACAUUCUCUCAUUGGAAACCAAAUUGGUAGAUUCUCAUUUGCUUCGAAGAAUUUCCGGUGUGAGGACAAUUUUAGAAGCAGUUCCCCCACUGAUACUCCUUCCAGGGAGCAUGAGAAUCCCCAGACGGCUCAUCAUAAAAGCUUUCUGCUGAAUAAAUACCCUACGAACAGUAUCUACCAGGUGAUUAAUGACCUGACGGUACCGGAGGAAGGAUCUAGUGGUUUGAAGGGUGGGAUGGAGCUCCGAGUUAGGGUUGGAGACCUGGUCGGAGUUAUCCAGAAGAAACAUCCUAUGGGGGACAAGAGCAGAUGGUUUUGUGACACGGGACAGGCACAAGGGUUUCUGAAUUCAUCGGUGCUUAUUCCGGCAGGGAAGAGUCUAGAAACUGAACAAAACCCUUUGAACAAGUGGCAGAGUUCAGAAAACACCGGGCCUCAACAAUCAAAGGUAUAA